AUGUCGACUGUUCUGAGAACAUUGCGCAACUUGCGCAGAGUUGGUCUGCGUGAUGCGGCACAUCAAAUGCAGCAUAUAGGUGAUACCAAGGCCGGCACGUUGAUUGCUACGGAUCGAUACGGCAACAAGUACUUUGAGAACCUGGAUGAGGAAUUGCCCUUGAGAACGAGAUGGGUAGACUACAAGGACUACGAACUUGAUCCAGCACACAUCGAGCCCGGCUGGCACGCUUGGAUUUCAUAUAUGGUCGAUAAGCCACCAACUGAAGACCCCAUUUUGAAGACUGGCGUGCGACCAUGGGAGCUGCCGGAACAUCGACCAAAUUUCACUCAAACUCGCGGGGCGUUCAAGACUUAUUCUACAACUAAGCCAAAGCUCAAUGCUUGGACUCCAGUUGCGGCUCAGAGAGGGUAG